GCAGUCAGAAAAAGAAGAGAUCGAGAAAGCCAAUAUUGAGGAAUAAAAAAAAACAAAACAAAACAAAAGUAGACCAAUACAAAAUUACGCAAAAUACGAGCUUGGUAGAUUACGUAUGAUAGAAACGCACGAGCCGAUACGAACAGACAGGGGUGUGUGUGUAAAAAUUUAAUUCCAGGCUCCGAUUUAACCUUCUUACACUACACCCCAUGUCCAACACCAUCUUUAGUGAUAAAGUAAAUCCACUGUGAAGAGUAUGAGAAUAUUGACUUGAUACAGCAUUUAUAAGUCAUAUUAUUAACCACAAAUAGGAGAUCAUGUUAUUCUUAGCGAAAUUGAUCACAUCGUAUGUAAGUGUGACUGAUACACAAAGUGCGGAGAAAAAUAACGUUGAAGUGUUUCUGAAAUUCCGAAUAUUUUACAUUUGAGGUGUAUACCUCAACAAACUACACGAAUCCCUAAACAGGACUUUGAGUGCAGCACCAAUGUCGCGCGCAAAAAUUCUGUUUCGAGAAGAUAAGAUAAUUUCGAGUUUUGAAAAGCGUUAGAAGAGUGGAAACGUGAGAAAAAGAAACGGGAGAAAAUUUAAUUUGCAAAGAAAAUAAAAGAUCCAUAAAAAAUCCUUAGUGAUCCAUUCCAAGAAACUGACGAACGGGGUGGUUAAAAUCGACAUGAUGUGGCGAGGAAGAUGAGCGCAGAAGUGACGAAGGAGGUCGUCGCCACCGAGAGGGUUCCAACGAGCCCUCCGGCGGCGGUCGCGACCUCACCGGGUGCAGUUGGCACCGGUGACCCGCGGCAUCUGCCACCCUUCAGCAGCUUCGUCAGCGACAACACGAUGGACAGCUCGACGACGCUGACGACACUUCAUCCUCAAGACGUCAGUACGGGCCUGAUGACACCGUGGGAGUACUACGAAGGCCUGACCGGUCGGCUGAUCGACUCUCGUGGCGAGGUAGUCCUAGCCAGUCAGUAUCGACCUUGGGAAUCCAAAGGCGGUAAUCCGGAGGGUUUGCCCAGUUUUGCCAGUCAAUUCACCGCUCCGAGCGAGGCCGAACCUCAGCUGACAGCGUUAACGCCGUUGUCACCAGCGUCUAUCUCGCACUCGCCGCCAGUUACGAGCCUGCCGAGCUUUCACACGCUUGGAACUCCGCUCCCGGCGCCACAUCCUCAUCGCGGUUCAGUAGGUUAUCCUCUGGUACCGGCACCGGUACCGGUACAGGCUCGGGAGGUUCCGGCGUUACAGCAGCAGCUACUCGACGAGCGUCACAUACAGCUUCUGGGUUCCAACCCAGUUCAAGCGUUUCCGCCACCUCCACCGGGUCAUCAUCCUCACACAGUGUUGACGGUAGUGAAGCCUGAUUAUCCACAAUUGCAUCAUGCAAAUUUUCAAAAUCCAAUGUCGACCGUGCUGGAUUCUUCACCGACCUCACGACCGAUCGGCAUCGACGGCCGUAAAAAAGAACGCAGAAAAAUCCGCGCGGGUUCAAUGGAGUCUGAAGAUGGCGGAGGCGGCGGUGGUGGUGGCGGCGGUACCGGUGCCGGCAAUGUGGAGAGUUCCGGUCAAGUUGCCGCCGUGUCCUCUACCGCGAAUCGCGGUGUUCACCACCUCGGCGGAGGUAUGACCGACGGCGACGGUGAAGGUGGUCUCGGGGACAAGCCAGCGAAGAAGAAACGGAAGAGGUGCGGUGAGUGCAUAGGCUGCCAGCGUAAGGACAACUGCGGGGAUUGCGCGCCGUGCAGAAACGACAAGAGCCAUCAGAUCUGCAAAAUGAGAAGAUGCGAGAAGCUCACGGAGAAGAAGCAUUUGUAUCACAUGCAAACCGGCGAAGGAGCGUAUCGGGAACGUGGAAGAGGACGAGGAAAAGGUACCACAAGGAAUUAUCGAAAGAUUUCGCGACAAGUCAGUACGCCCGAUAGCGCACCAGCCGGACUUGGCAGUCCGCAAGCUGGUAUCGGCGGCUUGCAGCAACAACACCAGCAACAAACGCAACAAUCCCUGCACCAGCCGGAUCCUAUGCAGCAGACCAAGGACAAUCUAAAUCCGACGCCGAACCAACAGACGGGCGCUCUGAGGAACGGCAAUCCGCCACCACCUGUCGUUUCUAUGUCACCCGGAGUGAUGCCAUUUUACGGAGAUACCGGUGCUGGUUUCCGACCCGCGGCUGGUUUUGGAAACACGGUCUGGCAUCAAGGAGUCGCGCCAGUUGGCGCGGUUACGGUCGAAACAUCACCAGCACCAUGGCCACCGCAACAAUUUAUUCAACAGAUUCCCGCGCCAAAUCAGCUCGAAGAGUUGAGGUAUCACACCCAGUAUACCGCCGCGGCAUCCUAUCAUCCUCAACCAGUCACGUAUCAGCAACAAACAUUUAUAACUGCGGAUCAGUCUGCGUUCCAACGAGCCGGAACAACGGGUCAAUAUGCCAUUGCGGGACAGCCUUCGCCACUGGCUCCCGUUGGAGGACAGGCGGUUGUAUCGACAGCUCAAAGACAGUUAAAUGGACAGUUCGUAGACCCUGCGGGCACUACUAACCAAUCGGUUGCUUACGAGAGACAGGAUUAUGUUAAUGGGUAUCAGCAACAAGACGUGACGAUGGCUCCGCCUCCGUCAACAACACCAACGAGUCGCAGCAGCUCGGUCCAUAUGGACGGAAGCAGUCAGCAGCAACAAGGAGGCUCGCAGCAGUCUCAACAGCAGCAACAAGCUGCCGCUGACACACAGGUAAAGGGAUUUGCCACGAUUGCCGCCAACAACGUGUCGGGAAACGAGAUGCCUGGGUAUCCACUUCAACCGGACCCACAGAGUUUACACAACUCUAAUGGGUACCCAGGCUAUUUGGAAAUGGGUCAACAAUCAGCGCAGAACCAAUGGCAAAUGGUUCAGCACCAAAAUCAUCAUCAACAGCAACAAAAUCAUCAUCACCAGCAGCAACAACAAAUGCAGCAGCAACAAUCGGUGGUUGAAAAUAAUCAGCAACAUAUGUGGUCAGACACGAGCAGAAAAAUAAACAGCAAUGUCAAUAGCAACAUGAAUUGGCAAGACGGAACAAUGCAGCAACAACAGAAGUCUUCGCAACAACAACCGAAUAUGCAGGGCAUGAAGUCACAGUUGGAACAGCAACAAAGCGGCCAACAGAUGCAGCAAGAAAUGCCGAGACCAGCGAGUCACAUGAGUUGGGAGACUGGAAGCGUGAAAGAACCCCAAACGCCGCAAUCGUGGUCCGAUAACGCCGAUAACCAGCAGCAACAAACUCAGGGAAAUUGGUCUCAGCAGAGUCCACAGUUGCGGGAUCCUCAAAACUCACGAUUAACGCCAUCCAGUCAGCAGCAGCAGUCUCAACACCAGACCUGGCUGCAGCAUUCUCCAAAACUGUCGGAACAUCAGCACAGCAGUGCUCAACAAAACUCGAGGAUGACACCUUCAACUCAACGUACCUGGCAACAGAAUAGUUCAGACAUGCAAAAUUCUCAGCAGAAUCCGAGGCUGACUCCUUCCGGACAGCAUAUGCAACAACAACAACAACAGCAACAACAACAACAACAACAGCAGCAGCAGCAGCAGCAGCAACAACAACAACAACAACAACAACAACAACAACAACAACAACAACAGUGGUCACAACAUACCAAAGUAGAGCAGAACCCCAGACUUACACCGUCUAAUCAAAUGUCGUGGCCUGAUACGCCAACUAGUCAACCAAAUUGGUCACCGAGUAGCAUAAAAAGCGAUAAUAGUCAGCAGCCGCAUCAACAAUGGCAGGAAUCUCAACCCAGUCCUAGACGAACCCCGAGCCAUCAGUGGCAAGAAAACAAGCUGGACAAUCGAAUGUCUUGGUCUCCAAAUUCGGUGUCGGAGAACCAACCGAGUUGGGGUCAGCAGACGACAAGCCAAGACAUACAAAACACAGGAGAGAGAAUAACGUGGCAACAACAAACGACAGUGGAGACCAAUAAACCGAAUGGAUUUCCUGAGAAUCAAGACAAUUCGGAAAGCAAUGUCUAUGCUCAAUCUAAUCGGGUGAAUCUCAAUAGCCGAUUGAAAUCGAUGAUUCUAAACAAGCAACAACAACAACAGCAACAACAACAACAACAACAACAACAGCAGCAGCAGCAGCAGCAACAACAACAACAACAACAACAACAACAACAACAACAACAACAUCAACAAAUGCAACAGCAAACUCAUCAGCAUCAUCAGAUACAACACGUUGGUAGUAAUAACGGAUCCGCUACGGAAUAUGGAACGGACGAUCGAAUACGCGAUGCUCACGAGAACAGCGACCAGAUGCAAGAAAAACAUACCGAUCACUUCAUCAAUCAAUCAAACAUUAUUUCGAUGACGCAAUCUAAUGAAAACAUGACCGAUAAUUUUUUAUCACAUAGCCACCACCCUCGAGUAAACGGUUUGCUCGAUGGUGGUGGCUUAUUAUGGGGAUGGUCGGAAGGAGAGCAUAAUCAUGAUGAUGACAACAACAACAAAAACGCGAGUAAUUCGGCAUUAUCAGGAAAUGAAAUAACAGAUCUCGAAAAUUUAAAUAACGAAACCAACAAGAAUCAACAAUCGUGGGAAGCGACGCAGGGAAAAGGCAACGAUGACAUUGACGACAAAUCUUUCCAGCAAAGUUUGUGCAUGAAUCAAAUAGAGAAAACGUCUUUCGAAGAAUCUCAAAAGAUCUCGAACAGCAACGAGAUAAGAAACAACAAUCUGAAUUUUCUCAAGACAACGGACACCGUUCACACGUCUUCCCAAGAUAUUAGCGCGCGAGAUUCUAGUCACGUAAUCAAACAAGAGGAUGUCGGAGAUUAUACCAACGGCAAUAUGUCCAUCCAUGACACGUCUGACGUUAUUGAAAAGAAUUACAAAUUUCGUGGCGACGGUGGUCCCGCGAAAGUGUCACCAGAAACCGGCUCGUGGUGCUGUCGAAGAGGUGGAACCGAACAGCCAACACCCGAACAUCUGAAAGACGGUUGUUGCCAGGGGCUCCAAACCAAGGACGAGAUAUUGGACGAGUCUUCGCAGAAGGAUGAAUUAAAAACCGAGGGAUCGCAUAGCCCGCGUACUCCGUCUACCACAACACCGGUUACCACAACAACAAAGUUGCAAGAUCACUUGGACAAACUAAAGAACAAUGUCAGAACCGAGGUGCCCGACUGCGACUGCUUUCCCGCUGACAAAUGUCCGCCAGAGCCUGGCUCAUACUACACCCAUCUCGGGGCGGCUGCAAGUCUGCCUGAUCUUCGGAACGACCUCGAAAGAAGAUCCGGCCUCAAGGGCAACGCUAUAAGAUUUGAGAAGGUCAUCUACACCGGCAAGGAAGGCAAAACUACGCAAGGUUGUCCAAUGGCCAAGUGGAUUAUUCGACGAUCCAGCAUCGAUGAGAAACUACUAACCAUCGUAAAACAUCGCCAAGGUCACAAAUGUCCAACCGCGUGGAUCGUCGUAGCUAUGGUCGCCUGGGAAGGAGUACCUACUCAAGAAGCGGAUCGUAUCUAUUCUUUCUUGACUCACAAACUUAAUCGAUUUGGCAUUCCGACGAACAGACGAUGCGGUACCAAUGAACCGCGAACUUGUGCAUGUCAGGGACUCGAUCCUGAUACUUGUGGCGCCAGCUUUUCUUUUGGUUGUUCCUGGUCGAUGUAUUACAACGGCUGCAAAUACGCCAGAAGCAAAACCGUCCGAAAGUUUCGACUGUCAGUACGAUCAGAGGAACAAGAAGUCGAAGAGAAAUUGCACUUUUUAGCGGGACAUUUGUCACCUUUGUAUCUUAGUCUCGCGCCACAGUCUUUCAAAAAUCAAACUCAAUUCGAACAGGAAGCGAGCGACUGCCGUUUAGGAUUAAAAUCAGGUCGACCUUUUUCAGGAGUUACAGCUUGCCUCGAUUUCUGUGCGCACUCUCAUCGGGACGUGCACAAUAUGAACAACGGGUGUACCGUGGUAGUUAGCCUAACAAGACAUCGAACAUUAACAAAGCCCGAGGACGAGCAGUUACAUGUGCUACCUCUUUACAUAAUGGACGACACAGAUGAAUUUGGUUCGAAAGAAGAACAAGAAAAGAAGAUUCGUUCGGGCGCUAUUGACGUUUUAAGCAAAUAUCCGUGCGAGGUUCGAGUUCGUUCGGUUCCGCUUCAACCCUGCAGACGACACGGAAAGAAAAGAAAGGACGACGAGUCCGAUAUACUCAGCAAGAAAGAUGUCAAGAUCAUGGCAGACAAAAUGGGAGAUGCCGGACGUCCCCCGGGAUACGCGGAUUCCUCUGGACAAUUAUCAUUGGAGAUGUCAUCUACGUUCGAGGGAAUUGACACGCAGUUACAAAGUUCUCAAGUAUCGUCUACGGUCCUGGAUAGUCCGGUGUCUAUGUAUCAGGGUUGGGGAGCUAGCAACUGGCUGAAUCCGUGGGGAGAAUAUUCUUCGUUUGGUGGUUUAGAGAGGGACGUCAAAGUUGAUCCAGACAGUACCAGCUUGGACGACAUCAGACCCAGAAGUGCGUUUUCCCAGGAAGAGCACAGACCGGGUUCGAGAAACUUAUCCAAUCCUACGGUGGAUUCGACGAGAAAUUAUGGAAACUCACCUAGAACACAUUCCGUAUCGCCGCGCUCGCACACGAAUGCUGUCGUUGGAGAAAUGUCUUACAACACGUCACCCAGAGGUUGUGUCUCGACACAUCAGGAUAUGAAAAUGAAAGGACUGGAAUAUCCAAACGUAGAAAACGGUUACAAUCAUCACACGUCGGUUGCCGGAUCUUGCGUCACUUCGAAUAACAGACAGAACGAUCAACUGAGAUUGCCAUUUUCAAGAUACACGGGAGAUUCUAGUCAGCAAAAAUACUCAGGCACCUUGACGCAAAAUUACAUAAACGCCGAAAAUUCCACGAAAUUGUUGAAGCCGCACGUCGAGCAACCGGUUUCAAAUAGAAUGCAGCAUCCGUAUCCGCCGCAACAGAUUCCGCCAUCAAUAAAUCCCGUCUAUCAAAAUCAAUACGGCAACGAUAACGUGUCGAAUAUAUUCUCUUACAUGAAUAAUCACAAUAACAAUCCCAACAAUGAUUACAAGUCGAUAGGAAUUCCAAAUUCAGAGAAUCUGUUGCAUUUGCCGGCGUUCGAACAGCGAAAUAACAUGCAGAGUUCGUUAGUGACAAACGAUCAGCGGAAAUCCGUUUAUUACGCGCAAAGACAAUCGGAACCGAAACCCUACGUGGUCAAUCAUUCUUCAUCCCCGUCUUCCGAUCAAAUUGCUUACUUACGGAAUUCAAAUAUGGCAAACUCGUAUCCCAAUCAAGUUAAGAAUCUGCAGCAAUUCAAUGAUCAGCAAAUGAACGACAAGAAGAUUGGUGUGAAUAAACUAAUGAGACCCGAUCAAGCUAAAACACCAUCCUGGGAAACACCCUCGGCGUCGUCACCGUUCCGAGUGCCAAAAGGAAGACCGCCGUCACGAACGUUAUCCAAUCAAACUCCGUCCGCAGAGUCUAAUACGUAUCCAAAUCACUUAGGUAGAACGUUUCUAAAGCCAUCGGAAUCUUCAAAGGCCAUCUUUGCGGAUACUCUAAAUAGCAACUCGAUGCAAAAUGGUUGUAUAUCCAAUCAGUUGAAAACUAAUUCAAUAUCCAAUCAGCUGAAAACCAAUUUCAUACCUUCACUAAUGAAAACCAAUUGUCCGGACGAUAAAUUGCGAGACGGAUUUUAUGACAGCCGACAGGAUAUACCCAAUUCCAAUCCGAAUUCGUUUGCAUGGGCCGAGGAAAUGAAACAGGUACAGGAUUUUCAUGCCAUGUCCGGUUUGGGUCAUCACGCGUUUCCCCAAUACGGUUAUCCAACUUAUCCGGUGUACGAAAAAUCUUACGCGAAUUCGUGGGAUGGUUACAAUUACAAUCAUCACCAGUCGUACCAGACGCCGGAAUAUUCCCAGCAAUUUUACCAGCAACCGAAACGCGAGGGUUGCUUCCAUCCGUCUCAAUAUCCGUAUCAGGAUUUAAAUUCAACUUAUCAAGGUCUGAAUUCCGGUUGGACAAGAUGGGAUAUCUACGGGCCGCCACGCUAUUUACCGGUACUGCCGGAACCUCCUCCGAAGGCGAAACCACUCGGCAAAGUGGAAGAUUAUUCUGACAACGAGGAAUGCUUCAAGGAUCCGCAAAUAGGUGGUGUUGCAAUUGCGUUGAGCCACGGCAGUGUACUGUUUGAAUGCGCGAAACACGAGACGCACUCCACCACCGCUUUGAAAAAACCCAAUCGCCUCAAUCCGAACAGGAUCAGCUUAGUGUUCUAUCAACAUCGAAAUCUGAACAGGCCGAAACACGGCUCAGACGAGUGGGAGGAAAAAACGCGAUUGCGAAAAUUAGGCGCAACAACGUCGAGCGCGUGUUCGUCGACAACCAAAUCACCGACGCCGACUACCGCGAGUCCGGGAAGUACCACAAAUGGAAAAAUAACGCCACCGCACAUUCCAAAUGUUCCCAAUACGCAGUUUAUGAUGAGAUCGCCUACUUACACCACGAUGACUUGGACAACGCUCUUCCCGAUGCAUCCGUGCAUGAUAACUGGUCCGUAUCAAGAAGGCGGUGCGAUUGGAUGAGUCAAAGUCGGACGGUACAGCUUCGAUCGCUGAUGAUCGAAGAUUGUGCCGUCACACAAGGAACUGAAUUUGACGGAAGUAUAUAAACCAGCCUGAUGAAGAUUCUGAAGAAGAAUCAUCGAGACAUUUGUAAUCGAGAACGACCAAUAUACUACGGCGACAAAAUAAGAGGCUUUAUACAUUAUAGCUAGUUACUCCGAAACGAAAAACACAUUAUACACUGCCAUUUUUUCUAUUUCGGGUUUUAUGCAAGAUUUAAACAGCAACAAAAAUGUGCUUGUAGAAAGUCUCGCUGGGUGUGAUCAAUCGCCCUUUGCCGGGGCUCGCGUUUUAUAUUGACUUUUUAUCGAGUUGACAGAGAAAUUUCUGCAAUAAAAAAAAAAAAAAAAAAAAA